CAAAAUGUUGUUUUAUCAGCAGCCAGUCGAAUUUUGUUAACCGUAGAGUGUGAACAGAAUUAUUAUUAUGGGAAAACUAAUUCAUUUGCUGGCUCUCAUGUCAACGUUAGUCUCAACUAAUUGCUUAGACAGAGAUAUUGACGAACCAUUGUUUCUAUCGGAAUUCAUUCUUAAAGGUGAUUACAGUACAGCAAGAAAUUUAUCGGUCGUGCGCCAUAAGGAAAUGGACUGGUUGACCAGUCAUGCAGGAUACAUAACAAUCAACAAACAGCUCAGUUCAAAUAUGUUCUUCUGGUAUUUUCCUGCGAAGUACGGUGCGAGUACAGCACCACUAGUGUUGUGGUUACAAGGUGGACCAGGGUCGCCGUCCAUGCAUGGAAUAUUCAAGGCAAAUGGACCAUUUGUUAUUGGCUCCGACCGAACAUUAAAAUCACGCAAACAUUCGUGGCAUUUUCGUCACAAUUUGCUUUACAUUGACAAUCCCAUUGGAACUGGGCUUAGCUUUACUGCAUACGAUGCUGGCUAUUCGAAGAACCAGAACGAUAUCGGCACGAAUUUGUACCAUGUUCUGCAGCAGUUUUUAUCCGUAUUUCCUGAACUACGCCCGAAUCCGUUCUACAUUACGGGCAGUUCGUAUGCGGGUAAGUAUGCACUGGCUCUAGGCAACACCGUUUUAAAAAAUGCUCCAUCGUCUGUCGACAAAACUAAAAUAAAUCUCCAGGGAUUGGCAAUAGAGAGUGGAUUCAUUGAUCCGGUAAAUAUGCUAAAUUACGGUGACAUUCUCUAUCACAAUGGAAUGAUCGACUCCAAUGGUUUGAAAAUAUUCAAAGAGUAUGAAAAGGAUGCAGUUGAAUCUAUCAAUAAAAGAGAUUACGCUAGAGCACUCUUUCACAUUGACCAUUUGAUUCUUAAUUUGUUUUACAAAUCAGACACAGUGUUCACGAACCUAACUGGGUCAACGAAUUAUUAUAAUACUUUAAUGGAAGACAAUUACGACUUUUCUGUCGUUGAUGACUUCAUGAAUCGUCCGGAUGUGAGGCGAGCUAUUAAUGUCGGAACGGUUGAAUACCAGCCAAAUGAAUUCAACAAUGUGCAUCUUCAUGAAGAAGACCGAAAAGUAGAAUUUAGUUUGAAACGAGACAUUAUGCUAAGUGUAACGCCAUGGUUGAGCGAACUCUUAAAGCAUUACAAAGUGUUUUUGUUCAACGGUCAAUUGGAUAUUCUUUGUGGCUAUCCGCUCAGUGAGAAUUCUGUGAAAAAAUUGAAAUUCAAUGGAGCGGAAGAGUAUCAAGUGGCUGAGCGGCGCAUAUGGCGUGUGGACAACGAAGUAGCUGGUUAUGUUAAGGAAGCUGGAAAAUUAACCGAAAUAGUUGUACGUAAUGCUGGCCAUUACGUAUCAAUCGAUCAACCGAAGUGGGUCCUUGACAUCUUAACUAAGUUGACUUCUGGUGAAGGGUUUUGAAGGGAAAUCGUUGUUUUCAGAUUGCAUUUUAUAUUUAUAAUUUUUUUGUGGAUAAAACU